GACUCUAAUAAUUUAAAAGGUGUUUCGUUGAGGACUUGGUUUCAACUGACGCCGGCUUGCUUGUUGUGAUUAUUAUUAUAGAUCACAACUUUAAAUACUGAGCUGCAUAAAACAACUUUUGAGACCCAUAAUUUAUACAACCAUUGAUUGUCCCUCUCUUGGGCCAGGACUGACACAAAAAUGGAUGAGUUUGAAGUGAAGAAGCGAGAAACGAUGUACAGGCUGAUGAUAAGUCAACUGUUCUAUGACGGGUACAAAGACCUCGCUGUUGGUCUCGCAGCGAUUAUUCAGCCACAUCCGGCAUGUCCUCCCUCCGACAAGUUGCUCAAGAUCGUCAAGUUGGGACUCAAGCAUGAUGAAGAAGAGAACAAAGAUGAACAAAACCUUGCUGGUGAAAUAGUCCAACCAGGCUCCGGUAUAGAUUUAGAGUUUGAGACAGAAGUUCAGAGCAUCUCCCCAGAAGUGGCCUUGUACGAGACUUGCUACGUGACAGCGCACAAAGCCGCUUGCAGGACAGCCGCUUUCCACAGCACAGGUCAGCUGAUUGCUACUGGUUCGGCAGAUGCCUCCAUCAAGGUCCUAGACGUGGAGCGCAUGUUGUCCAAAAGCGCCACACCGGCCGACGUGAUGGCCCUGGAGACCCCUCAGCAGCAGAUGGAGAACCAUCCGGUCAUCCGGACUCUCUACGACCACAACGGGGAAGUGACCUGCCUCGACUUCCACCCGUUUGUACCGGUGCUGGCCUCAGGAAGUGACGACUUCAGCAUCAGGUUCUUCGAGUACUCCAAACCUUCGGUGAAGAAAGCCUUCAAGAGCAUACAGGAAGCCUCGGCUUUGUCGCAGAUCACCUUUCACCCUGGUGGAGAGUUCCUCUUGGCUGGCACACGGCACCCCACAAUCCGCCUGUACGACGUGAAUACGUUUCAGUGUUUUGUGGGCAGCAAUCCUCAGGACCAGCACACAGGAGGAAUCACAGGGCUGAAGUGGAGCCCCAACGCCAACAUGUUUGUGUCGUGCUCCAUGGACGGCUCCAUCAAGCUGUGGGAUGGGGUGAGCCACAAGUGCAUCAACACCUUCUACAAGGCUCACGACAGCAAGGAGAUCUGCUCCGUCGCUUUCAGCCGCAACUCCAAGUACGUGGUGUCUGCGGGAAAAGACUCGCUGGUCAAGCUGUGGGAGCUGUCGACCAAUCGCUGCCUGAUCGUCUACACGGGGGCGGGAGCUACGGGAGGCAUGGAGCAUCGCACAGUGGCCUGCUUCAACCACACCGAGGAUUACGUUCUGUUCCCCGAUGAGAAGACCACAUCCCUGUGCUGCUGGGACUCUCGGAACGCCGAGCGACAACGCCUGCUUUCCCUCGGUCACAACGGGGUCGUUCAGUACCUGGCGCACUCACCCACCGGCCCCGCCUUUAUCUCGUGCAGCGAUGACUUCAGGGCGCGCUUCUGGUACCGGAAGGCCACCACUGAUUGAUUGGGGAGCAUUUGAGGGUGUGUGUGUGGGUGAAUGAGUGUGUGGGUGGGGGGUGGGGGGGUGUAUGUGUGUGUCUUUGUAUGUGUAUGUGUGUGGGAGGAUGUGUGCGUGUGUAUUUUGUAUGUUUGGGAGAGAGUGAGUGAGAUAGACAGUGAUAUCAUUGCUGCCACAAGCAAUCCACUUAAGUCCAAAUUUUGAGAAUUUUCAUUUUUUACACCCUUCAUAAGCUCUAUAAAAGUGCACCCGUUCAGCUUCACCAAAUUGUGGUUUAAUGCUAUGGUCAAAGCUUGUAACUUUUUUGCUUUUUUCAUGAUUUCUGAUAGGCACAACACAACAAAAACUAGAUUUUUUUUUUCUCUGGUGUAAAAAGUACCCUCACAGACUUAAUAAGUGGAUUACUUGUGACACCAAUGAUAGGUGUGUGCGUCUGUAUGUUUGAGAGAGAGAGAGAGAGCGAGUGAUAUGUGAGACAUGCUGACAAAAUGAGUUACUUCUCGCAAUCCACAAAUUGAGAUAUUGGCCUAAAAUCGAUACUAGAGUCAAGUUUGUAGAUUUUGUAUUGAUGCCAUAUUCUUUAAACAUAACAUGCUUUUUAUUAUUCCAUACUUCUAAACUGUAAAAACUUCACCUAUAAGUGUGAUGUAUCUAUUUCAAUAAGGCAUGAAUCCGAGAAGCAACUCAUUUUGUCAGCGCACUUCACAUAUGAUCUGUGCGCUGGUACAUGUAUAUGCAUGUGUAAAAAUGAGGGAGAGUUGUUUCUUUUUAAUGCACUGAGAAUGGUUCAAAAUACAAGCUCAUUUGUAUUUUCACUUUUGUCAUUUCCUUGACCAAGUUCACGUGUUUGAUGUAAGAGUGAGAGAUUUUUGUAUUCUGCACAAUUUUUUGUAGGUCGUCAGGGUAGGUUUUGGUAGUCAUAGACGGUUGUUUCAGGCAAAAUGUGGUCAUGGUUGUGGCCUUUGGCUGUGUGCUCUGUAAGAAUUUGUUGACGGCGAAAUUUGUUAAAACCCUGACAGAUAAAGUGACUUUGCAUUGUUCUCUCUAUCUAAUCAAAAAAAAGCAUCUUCCCGGGACUAUGAAAUAGGGCCUACAGGGGAAACUGUCUAAGACUACUAGUAAGACACCCACACUUUGUUGAGAAGAAAAGUGAUUAUUUUACACAGGCGGACUUCCAGGACAGUGUCAUUGUAUGUAAAAACAAAAAUGAUACAAAAGUGGGUAGGGGAAUGAAAAGUGGCCGUUUGUACAGGUGAUUACAUUACACAGGUGGCUGAAAGAGCAGGUUCAACUGUACGUCCUUUUGCGUUUGACUCUCCCCCCUUCCCCUUGUUGGUUGUAUUUUUUCUCAAUGCAUUGUAUAAAUUGUUCUUGCAGUAUCAGAAAAGACAAUGGAAAGGUCGCAAAAUUUGGUCUCUUCCUUUAAACAGGGCAAUUUGGUUUUUAAUGAUUACAUCAGAUGUGUGCGUUUGUCUUCUGCUGUAUGAACUGUGUGUAUUGUCAUUAUGAUGAAACUGUUGAUGUUGUUUUAUUGAUUCACUCUUGCUCCAUUCUGCAUACUUGUUUUAUCAUGUCAAAUUUUACACUGCCAGUUUGUGUAUGAAUCAAUAAAUUAAUGUUAAAAAUAUAA